CCACAAAGCAUAUUAGCAGCAAAACACAAGUACAUAAAAAAAAUUCGCGUAAAAACCCAAACCGCUUUAUAAAUGGUUCCCCGCCGGGGCCAAGACGCCACACGGCCCUAUCCCUAUCCGGCUAUCCCCAUCACCUCCUCCCCACAGCCCUGCCCACCAACACCUCGUACGACGAAAGCCAUGGCCUCUCGCGACGCCGCCACCUUCCAAGUCAACCGCCCCAUGCCCGCGCCAACGCCAGCACCAGCGCCGAUGUCGCUCACGGCCGCAGCGCGCGCCGACGCCGUGUCGCCCGCGCCGAAAAAGUCGAGCUCGGGGACGCAGCAGGGCGGCAAGGACCGGCACAGCAAGGUGAACGGUCGCGGGCGGCGCGUGCGCAUGCCGAUCGUGUGCGCGGCGCGCGUGUUCCAGCUCACCCGCGAGCUGGGGCUCAAGUCCGACGGCCAGACCAUCGAGUGGCUGCUCCGCCAGGCCGAGCCCUCCAUCCUCGCGGCCACCGGCUCCGGCACCACCCCCGCCGUCUUCUCCUGCUCCUCCGCCCCGUCCACCUCCACCGCCGCCCACUCCCUCCUCGGCAAGCGCCCGCGCGAGGACGUCCACGAGGCGCAGCCGCCGUUCUGGGCGGCCCUGCAGGCGCGGCCCGUGGCGUGGGGCCUCUCGCCGACGCAGGAGGCGCAGGCGUACGCGUCGGUGGCUCAGGGACACCACCUCAACCUGUUCUCCGGCGCCACGUGGCUGGCAGAGGAGGAGUCCCGGUGACUGCCGCAGCAUUGCUACGUAAUUGCAUGCGUUGGCGCUCGUGGCAUGCCGUGCUUUAUCGAACCCUUUCCUGCAUCUUCGGGUGCAUUGCGUGUGUUUUCUUGUGAUUUGCGGAGUGAGAAGAAGAAGAAGAGCUGAAGAAUCAAGAACGCGAUCGUAUCAGGUAGCGAUUGUAGAUAGGAUUCGUCAGGUUUGUGCUUGUUAGCCUCUACGUCGUUGUCGCAGCGUGUACCGUGGUUCCGUGAUGUGAUUAGUGAUAGAGCAUGCCAAGCUGUCAACUGAUCUAAAUUCGAACACAAUGCUUGUUAUUCCUGUA